AUGCAAUCCGUAGCCAACAUGAGACACCUGGAGCCGUGUACCCCGAUAUUGGAGCCCCCGCGCCCCAUCGAGGAGGAGUUUAUGCUCUCUGACGAGAAUGCAACCGAUACACUCCGUGGGGUGCUGGAGAGCCUCCUGUCCGUCAACUACCUGCGCGGCCACGCCGAUGCAUGCAAUGAUAGCGGUGGUAGCAACAAGGACCCCACUUCUCCAGCGGCGAUCAUGGCCGCCAUGGACAGCCGCCUCACGGUGUCCGUGCCGUAUCUGCUGACCCUCGCGCCGGUGCGUGCAGCGAUGCCGUGGGGGAUAGACGAGAGGGGUGCCGUUGACAUGAUUCUCUCUGCUGCGCGGAUGUCGCAGAAAAUAGUGCUGAACUCCAGGCCAAAAGAGGUCCGAGUGGGCCCCUAUCCACAGGCUUCGCUUCGCUCGCGGUGCACGCUGCAAAUCCACGACGUCGAAAGUGUGCUGACACUGGCAGACGUUCAGCGGGAGACCACGCGGUAUCCCAUUUUUCAGUUCUACCGUGUGUCCCCCGACAUAGUCAACGUCACCUUCGAGGAUGCGCGUAGCGCUAAGGAGGCAUUCGUGCAGCUCCAAGGCAAACCCCUUGGCGGAUGCGCCGCCGUGGUGGUCAAGAUGCGUGUGGAGUACGACAAGCAAAUGCAACCACAACGCCGUCCAUUGCCAAGCGCUUCGGCACUCCGCACUGCGCCAAGGGCUGCUGCCAGCUGCAUCCCGCCCGUGGCUCCUGUUGACACAUGUGUGCAAACGAUGCCUGCUGAAAAGCCUGUUUUUGUGCGGUCGCCCUGGGCCAAGUUCCCUGGGAACAACAACAACAUGGCUCGACAGCCCUGUGGAGGAAUGCCGCGGUGGGAGAACGAGAUGUCGAGGCGUCAUGGUAGCGCUAUGAGCGAGGCUUUAGCAGUACAAUUGUCUCGUGACAUGCAGAUGCUUGCAAUGCAGGAGUAUUUGAUGAGCACCGCCAUGGCGAGCAAUGGUUCCCACGGGUCCUGGGAGCGGAACGAAUUGCCACGGCAGGACAGCUCACCGUUUACGUCUGUGAACUAUGGGAAUCUUCCUCCUGCCUUCACCCCAAGGCCACCGUGCCCGGUGGGCGGUGACAGCCGGUGCAUGGGAGGAAGUAUAGGGUUUCGUAGCAUGCGCAGUCCAGGCAUGGAAUGGCCUGCGUGCCCACAAGGAGCGGCACGGCUCCCUCCUGCGCCGGCUGGUUCUGAGUUGCCGUGGAGCUCCGAGCGUGUAGAGACUACCUGCCCCGGCCGCCGGCUGCAACAUGAUCCAUACAGGGGCGGCCUCUACGUGGCCUGUCCGAAGCCCUCACCCAACGCCGCAACAUUCGUACCGCCGGAGCCACCCAAGUCGCUGCUGCGUUUCCGUCCGCAUGGGAUCAAGGUGUGGGCCACUACCAAGAGCAACAGCAUCAACGACGAUGACGAUGAUGACAACAACAACAACAGUAGCAACUUGAGGGUGUGUUCCCCACUAAUGCCGCAGCUCACCGAGUCGCUUAAACUGACGGUCUCGAGCACCGACGAGAACUCGCCGCCGUACAUGACGCCCAGCGGCGAGAGCAGCCACACGCCGAGCGACGUCGACGCCGGCGGCUCACGGCCCAUGACAUACGCCGACGUCAUUCGAGCAUCGCGCGUGUUGGACUCGCCCACGCAGAGCCGCGCAAAGGAGGCGUCGUAG